UCGAGUAUUCAAAUACAAUAGAUAAGAACCUUAACACAUAUUCAUGCAAAUAAAUAAAAUUUAAUAUUUAAUAACAAUUUGCGAUUUAUAUUAAUUUAGUCACAAAGAAAUUUUGUUAUAAAGCAAAACAAAAAUGACGGGAAAUAUUUUAUUAAGGCACCAAAAUAAAUGGCAAAUUAUUGGAAAACCACUGCAAUGGCGCUUAAGGUCUACAGCGGUAAUUGGAACGACCACGGAAACAAAUUCUUUUAAACAAGAAUGGGAAAAUGCCAAGCCAUACAAAGAAAUUCCUUCACAUAAGAAAUUAUCCGAUAUGCUUAACUUUCUACCGGGUGGUAAAUAUUAUAAAAUGGAACCCACCAAACUAAUGCUAGCCCUUAAGAAAGAUAUGGGCAAUAUUAUGAGAUUCGAUGGUUAUUUCGGACGCAAAGAUGGUGUGAUUACUCACAAUGUAGAAGAUUUUAUAACAGUAUUUCGAAAUGAGGGAAUUUGGCCAAUAAGACCGGGUUCGGAUGCUUUACAUUACCAUAGAAGUGUACAUAGAGCAGAUUUCUUUGAAGGUACAGAGGGAAUUAUAUCGACACAAAAUGAGAAGUGGGCUAAUUUUAGAUCGACUGUUAAUCCAGUACUAAUGCAACCAAAGAAUGUUCGUUUAUAUAUGGAUAAAAUGUCACAGGUUAAUAAGGAAUUUGUCGAGAGAAUUCGAAAAAUGCGUGAUCCCCAAACUUUCGAAGUUCCCGCCAGUUUUGAAGAGGAAAUGAAUCGUUGGACUUUGGAAUCCGUUUCGGUUGUUGCUCUCGAUAAACAAUUGGGCUUAAUGAAUAAAAAUCGCUCAGAUCCCUUGGCCAAAGAACUAUUUAAGGCUAUUAAUGAAUUUUUUAUAUACGGCAUGGAAGUGGAGUAUGCUCCUCCCAUUUGGAAAUAUUAUAAAACUAAAUCAUUUAAAAAUCUAAUGAAAUGUUUAGAUACUAUAACGUUUACAACCAGUGCAUAUGUCAAUGAAGCCAUAAAGCGUUUAGAAGAAGAAAGUCAAAAAGGUGAACCAGAAAAGCCGGAACAUGAAAAGAGUGUUUUGGAAAAAUUAAUAAAAAUUGAUAAGAAAAUAGCUACAGUUAUGGCCAUGGAUAUGUUAAUGGCGGGUGUGGAUACGACUUCCUCUACUUUUACUGGUUUACUAUUGUGCUUGGCUAAAAAUCCCCUAAAACAAACCAAACUUAGAGAAGAAAUUAUGAACAUUUUACCUCAUAAAGAUUCGGAAUUUACGGAGGAAUCUUUAAGGAAUAUACCUUAUCUAAGGGCCUGUAUUAAGGAAUCUUUACGUUUGUAUCCAAUUGUUAUUGGAAAUUCAAGGGUUACGACCAACGAUGUGGUCUUAAGUGGCUAUCAGGUACCCAAGGGCACACAAAUCUCUAUGAUUUCUUGUGCCAUAGUAAACGAUGAUAAAUAUUUCCCACGUGCUAAAGAAUUUCUACCCGAAAGAUGGUUACGAGUAGAAGAGGAUAAAUAAAAUCAAAAUUCUAACGAGUGUCCUCAUGCUUUAAAGCCCAGCAGUCCAUUUGCUUCUUUGCCAUUCGGUUUUGGUCCACGUAGUUGUAUUGGUCGUCGUAUUGUUGAAAUGGAACUGGAAUUGGGUAUUGCCCGUGUUAUAAGAAAUUUCCAGGUGGAGUAUAAUUACCCUACAGAGAAUGCUUUCAAGAGUCUUUUGAUAAAUGUACCAGAUAUACCGUUGAAAUUUAAAUUUACCGAUGUAGAUAAGUAGUAGAUAAGAAUAAUUAUAAAUAUUUAUUUUUUAUGAUUAAAAAUUUAAAAUGUAUUUGUGAAUAAAUUUGUAAAUAGAAAAAAGCUAGAUUUUUAUAAUU